GGAUGGGUGGGAGGGGCCCGAUGUGGAGAGCUUUCUAGGACACGGGGAGAUGGUGCCCUGUGUUUGGCCCACACUUCUGAGGUUUUCUUUCCAGGACAGCCUGGUUUCCCUUCUUCGGCUUAUUGUUCCAUCAGAUUUCAGAUUUUGAGUUCCAAUUUUUGGUCAGAAGAAUAAAGUUUCUGGGAUUGGGGACGUGUGUGCUAUGGGAACUCAGUGUGUCCCCAGCCCUUGUUUGUAAACAAGGAAGGCGAGAUUGGCAGAAGGGGUUUCUCCCCAGCUCCAUCCCGGGAGGCUCUGACGUGGGCAUCCUCAAGUCCCCAACCACUUCCCAUGGGCCCUUUCUCUCCCCUGGUUUCCUAGGGACAGAGAUCAGGGAAAUAAAGGCAGAAGGCAGUGAGAGGGAGGCUGUGCCUGCUGCUUGGAUUCUCUGGGCUCACUCCCACAGUGAGCUGCACACUGUGAUGGAGACCCCUCUGGAGAAGGCCCUGACCACUAUGGUGACCACGUUUCACAAAUAUUCGGGGAGAGAGGGUAGCAAACUGACCCUGAGUAGGAAGGAACUCAAGGAGCUGAUCAAGAAAGAGCUGUGUCUUGGGGAGAUGAAGGAGAGCAGCAUCGAUGACUUGAUGAAGAGCCUGGACAAGAACAGCGACCAGGAGAUCGACUUCAAGGAGUACUCGGUGUUCCUGACCACGCUGUGCAUGGCCUACAACGACUUCUUUCUAGAGGACAACAAGUGACCAGGGCUGCCCUCCACCCUCACCCUCCACCCCUUGCUGCUGACCUCGGCUGCUCCUCUCACAGACCCUCUUUGGCCCCCUGCCCUCCUCUCCCUCCCAGAUGGACCCUUCCAUGGGAGGAAAUAAAGUUUCCAUCGCA